AAUCGGUAUGCCAACCAAUAUUCCUUUUGUUAUUUUUUCAAAAUUGCUUGCUCUUUCCAAUGACAAUCACCAAGUCCCUUUUAUUCGUCAAAAUCAUCAUUGAGUUUGAGUAGUCUGGUUUCAUUCAAAUUCCUCAUCCAUUCCAAACUCUGUCUCUCCACCAUAAAACUCUCAUUUUCUUUCGUGUAUAUUCUUUUUUCCUACUACAUGGCUAUUUCACCUCAUAAGUAAAAGAAAAAAUGGGAAAAAGAUCAACUUACCUGUGCCACACAAUGGAACUCGGGCCUGUGGUUGUGCAACCUCUAUUAUCAGCUUCUUUUGAGUGGCUGCUCCAAAAGGUGGAUAAUUUCACUUCCAGUAGAUCCUACAGGUUACAAGGAGAGGUCCACGUGGAGCUCCAAAAAUGGAAGUCCUUUUUACCACAUAUUCGGGAUGUGCUCAUGGAUGCAGAAGAAAAGCAAAGGGCUGUUAAUUCCAUCAAGACAUGGCUUGAUGACCUCAAGGACUUAGCUUAUGAUAUGGAAGACAUUCUGGAGGAAUUCACAACUAAUGGCUUGAGGAGUAGCUUGAUUGCAGAACCUCAAUGUGCUAGCACUACCAGUAGAUGCAUCCCUGCGUGCUUCUCUUAUUUCAAACAUAGUGAUUCCAUGUUUGAUUCCAACACCAUUUCUAAGGUGAAGGCUAUUUCUAAUAGGUUGCUGAGCAUGACAGGAAGAUCAAACACACUCGGCUUACUGAGUUUAACCAUGCAAGCUGGAGAAUGGCCAGAUAAAGUAGAUGUUGCGAGGGUGCCCACUAGUUCCCUACCCGAUUCUCAUGUUUAUGGACGUGAAACUGAUAAAGUAGCUGUUCUUCAAAAGUUACUAAAUAAUGAAAGCAGUUCCCAAGGAUAUUCUGUAAUUCCUAUUGUUGGGAUGGGAGGAAUAGGCAAGACCACUUUGGCUCAAAAUGUUUACAAUGAAGUGGGGCAGGGAAGCUUUGAGCUUAAGGCAUGGGUUUGUGUCUCUGAUCGAUUUGAUGUGUUAGGCAUUACAAGAUCCAUUUUGGAGGCAGUAUCUAGAGGCCGAUAUGAUUUGAGAGAUUUGAAUUUGCUUCAAGAAGAAUUGAAGAAAGAGUUAACAAGCAAGAAGUUUCUACUUGUUUUAGAUGAUGUUUGGAAUGAGGGUUACAGACAAUGGGAUACCUUGCAAAAACCUUUCCAAUCAGGAUCAGCUGGAAGCAAAAUAGUAGUAACAACUCGUAGCAAGCGUGUUGCAGAAAUCAUGGGUGGGAGUGACAGGAUUCACUAUCUAAAAGAGUUAGACUACAAACAAUGCUUGUCAAUUUUUGCUCGACAUGCACUGGGAGAAGAUAACUUUGAUGCACAUCCAUGUUUAAAAGAGGUUGGGGAAGAAAUUGUCAGGAGAUGUAAUGGAUUACCGUUGGUUGCAAAAGUCCUUGGGGGCCUCUUACGAGGUAAGCAUGGCUUUGAAGAUUGGAAAUUCAUAUUAAAGAAGAUGUUGAAUUUGCAGGAGGUCAAAAGCGAGAUUCUGCCAUCCUUGAUGCUGAGCUACCAUCAUCUACCUUCUCAUUUGAAGCAAUGUUUUGCAUAUUGUGCUGUGUUUCCUAAGGACUAUGAAUUUGACAAGGAGGAGUUAGUUUUCUUAUGGAUGGCAGAGGGGUUACUAAGAGAGGAAAAUCAAUUGGAAGAAAUUGGUCAAAGAUAUUUCCAUGAGUUACUUUCAAGAUCAUUUUUCCAACAGUCCACCAAGAAUAAAUUACGAUAUGUAAUGCAUGACCUCAUACAUGAUUUAGCUGAAUUUGUUGCUGGAAGAACUUGCUACAAUCUAGAUCUAGAGGAUAUGUCUGAGGUUAAUAAAAAAUUUGAAGUGAAUUUUGGAAAGGUCCGUUAUUUGUCAUUCUGCCCUCGCCUUUUUGACAUCUCUAAGAGGUUUGAAGUUUUGAAUGAAAUGAAGAGUUUGCGAAUGUUCAUUCCAACUAAUUCUGUUUUUGGUGGGAGUUAUUUAGCAAAGACAGUGGUGCUUGAUUGGAUACCAAAAUUAAGAUGCUUAAGGGUAUUAUCCCUUGAGAGUUAUAAAAUAAGAAAGCUACCGAAUUCAAUGGGAGAUUUAAAAUACUUGAAGUACCUUAAUUUCUCAAGAACUGAGAUCAAAAGCUUGCCCGAAUCCAUAGGCUCCCUUCUCCAAUUGCAAACACUGUCCUUAUUCUCCUGCAGGUAUUUUUCAAAGUUUCCUGUGAAAAUUGGGAACUUAAUUAGCCUCCAUCAUUUGGAUAUUAGGGGAGCAAAUUCCCUAAAAGAGAUGCCAUCUGGAUUAGCUAAUCUCAAACAUCUUUUGACAUUGGGCAAAUUUAUUGUGGGGAAGGAAAAUGGAUCCUUGAAAUUAUCUAAUUUGGAGAACUUUUCGCAACUUAAAGGAGAACUAUCUAUUCUAGAUUUGCAUAACGUUUCAAAUGCUCAUGAUGCUAAGAAGGCCAGCCUGGACAAGAUUGAUGGUCUUGAUUGGUUGCUCUUGCAAUGGACUUCUGAGUUUGGCAAUUCUAGGAAUGAAGACAAGGAAAUGGAGGUCCUUAGCUGGUUAAAACCACAUCUAAAAUUGAAAAGUUUCUCAAUUAUAUGCUAUGGUGGCAACCAAUUCCCAUCCUGGAUUAGUUGUCCGUCAUUUUCUAAUUUAUCAUACUUGAAGCUGUGCAAGUGUAGAAGAAGCACUUCGUUACCAUCACUGGGGCAAUUACCAACACUUAAAGAAUUGAUUGUGGAAGGCAUGGAUGCAAUAGAAACGGUGGAUUCUAAGUUUUAUGGGCACGGUACUUUUCAAUCUCUUGAGAAGAUGGAGUUUCGUGACAUGUUAUCUUUGAAAGAAUGGACUUCAACAAUAGAAAGCGGAGUGGGAUUCCCAUGCCUUUCUGAGCUUGUGAUUGAAAAUUGUCCUAAGCUGAUCGGAGAAUUACCUAGCCACUUGUCUUAUCUUAUAAAUCUUGUAAUCAGAGGAUGCCCAGAGUUAAGAUGCCCAUCAUCUAUGAGUCCUCAAUCACUACAAAAGCUGAAUAUUGAAGACUGCGAUGUGGCCCUUUUGAAUAGCAUGGCUGAUCUCACCUCUCUUACUAGCUUGGAAAUUAAGAGAAUUUCAGGUCUUGUUUGCUUGCCUAAGGGUUUUAUUGAGUCCUUGAUAGCCGUUAAGAAGGUGGAGAUUAAAGAAUGCUUCGAGCUUACUUGUUUAUGGGAGGAAGGUGCUGAGAUAGAAAACCUUAAUCGUCUUGAGAUAAUGAAUAUUGAGAGCUGUCCUCUGCUUGUUUCAUUGACGAGGAAAGAGCAGGGCCUUCUUCCUUUCAAUCUUAAAUAUCUCACCCUCUCAAAUUGUGCAGCUCUGGAGUCGUUAACUGAUGCGAUGAUGAUGAAUGUAGAUGGAAGCAGUAGCAGCAACAACACAUUGAGACUUGAAUCAUUAAGCAUCUACAAUUGUGAUUCUCUCAAGUCUUUACCCAACACUACGGUUAAACACUUGACAAUUAAUGGAUGUGUUAAUUUUGAGUUUUUACUAGAUGGAGUAUUAUUGCAAGAUGAUGGUGACAGCAAUAUCAAUCUUGAAUCUUUGAAAAUAGAGAAACUUCCAUCUCUAAAUUUUGUUGGGAGUGGUCAUCUGCCAGCUUCUCUCAAAAAAUUUAUUGUUGAAGAUUGCAAGAGGUUGGAAUCAUUUCCAGAGAGGCUGCUGCAACAUUGUAUGGGACUUGAAUCCAUACGAAUUGGGGAUUGUGAAGUAUUGAGAAGCUUAUCACUUGAUGGCCUCAGCAAUCUUCAAGAUUUGAACAUUGACGGAUGUGCAGUUUUAGAAUUCUUGCCAGAGAUGGGUCUCUCCUUGCCCAAUCUUAGGUCUUUGAGAAUUGCAGUUUGUCCAAGGUUGGAGCGCAUUCCUGAUGGGGGUUUGCCCCUAAACUUAACAGAUCUUACAUUAGAAAAUUGUCGAAACCUCAACUCCCUACCAAAUACAAUGAAUGAGUUUACAUCGAUUCAAAAACUGUGGAUAAGAGAUUGUCCAAGCAUCAAAUCCAUUCCAGAUGGGGGUUUUCCCCCAAACUUAACAAAUCUUAACUUAGACGGUAAGCAUCUGAAGCAGUUGGAACUGGGACGGGGCCUCCGCAAUCUUACCUCUCUUCAAAGCUUUAGCAUUUAUAACACAUGUCCUCCUCUUCUGGAUAUUGUGCUUCCUUCUUUAACAUCUCUCUGGAUACAAAAUGCAAAGAAUCUGAAAUCCAUACCCAUAGGGCUCCUCCAAAACCUCAACUCUCUUCAAGAAUUAUGGAUUUAUUUGUGCCCAAAGCUACAGUCCUUGCCGAGGAAAGGCCUGCCUCCGUCGCUUGGAUCUCUCUGGAUCGAUGGAUGUCCUCAUCUAAAACGACAACACUUUGAGGAGAAAGGAGAAUAUUGGUCUCUCACCCGUACCAUCCCUAACGUCCAAAUAGAUGGUUAUCAGGUACCAUAUUGCUGCCAGAACACUACUUGGGAAACCCAUAUUUUUGAAGAUAGCUUCCUUGUAGAUAACUCCAUGAUUCCUGCACCUGGACUAAGUUUGCAAAUUGUGUGUGCAAAACCAUCUUUACCAUUUGAUCUAGGGUGGGGAGCCUGCCAGAUGGGCAAGUAGACCAAGCUGUUGUUCUUUGGCAAUGUUUAAUUCUCAGUUAUUUCCAGUUAGCUUAAACAAUUCUCUUCAAUGUCUCUCUCCAUUUCUUUGAGAAAUAACCGAACAAUGUUGAAGGAACUGUCAUUUAAAUGCUUAAAGCUGUUCUUGAUGUUGUUCCAAUUGAUAAGCUUACUGUCUAUUUCCAUGAUACUUAUGGGCAAGCCCUUUCGAACAUUUUAGCAUCUCUUCAAGUAUGCAUUCUUUCUCAUUUUCAAUCUUUUAUGAUUGCUUCUCAACAUGUUCAUUUCCUUGUCAAGAUGAUUGUCAGAUGCAUGUCUUUUUGGCUAUUGCUAUAAAUUCAUGUAUGCAUU